GCGAUCACACGAUCCUGCCCGUGAGCAAUCUCCCAACUCAUCUCUGUUAUUAUCAGAAUCAGAAAAGUUCGAAUUUAAAAUAAUAUUAAUUUGACAUAAUCGCACAUGUCCAAUUAUUUUCAAAAAUUAAUUACAUCAAAUUAAUAAAAAAUACCAUGAAAUGUGUUGUGCCAGGUGCAAACAUGAAAAUAUUAGCAAGAGCAAUUCAUGCUCUUGCAAGAAUUGGAGAUGAAAUGUACGUGGAGCCGCAGGAAGGAGCACUGUCCAUUCGAUGUGUCAAUACACCUAACUCGGCUUACGCUAAUUUCACUUUUUGCAAGGAGUAUUUCUCGUAUUACAAUUUGGGAGAUCUCGUGGAAGAUGAUACUCAAAAAUGUAAAAUUUCUUUGCGGAGUGCAAUGGCUGUAUUCAAAUCACCGACUGUCCUGGACAAACAAGUGGAAACAUGCCAUAUUAAAUUGCAGUCAAAUGCCACCCAUCUGAUAUUCGUGUUAAAAUAUAGAAAUAGUAUUAUUAAAACACAUUUGCUUCCCAUUAUAGAUUGUGAAACAUUACAGGCUGCAUAUACUAAGGAUGGUGCUCCAAAUCAGUUGUUAUCUCAGUCUCGAGUCUUGGCCGAUGCCGUUCAAAACUUUCCACAGAAUUUAGUAGAAAUUACAUUACAAGUGACACCCCAAAAAGUUUUGCUUAGAAAUUAUAUUGAUGAUAAUUCAGAUUUAUGUAAUAUCACUCGAACACAACUUGCACUUGCCAGAGGAGAAUUUGAUCAUUAUGUCAUGAAGGAGGACACUUCCAUUACUUUCUGUAUGAAGGAGUUCAGAGCCCUUCUUAAUUUUUCUGAGUUGGUGGGUCUGCCAGUAAGCAUACACUUUGAAUCUGCAGGCAGGCCAGUUGUAUUUAUUAUAAAAAAUAUUAGCUUCGAAGUGAAUGUGGUUCUGUCAACUUUAAAUCCAGAUCUAGAUACUCAGUCUGAUAUAACAGCUCCCUCUGUACAAGAGAAGAGUAUUAGAAAAAGAGCGAGUAAUAAAAAAUCGACCAGAACAUCUGCAAAAUCUAAGCAAGGAACCAGUCAAUUGAGAAAACAAAAUAGUACAACCAAAAGUAUUGAAACGAAUAUCAAUAACAAAAGUAAUUUAAAUGUCAAUAAUCAACCAAACCAGGAAGAAGCAGCUGUGACAGAAGUUUUCCAACGGAUCAACGUAGAUGAUGUGCCUUUAAUAAAUUUAGAGUUAAAUCAAAGUAAUAAGGAAGUAACCCCCAAAAAUAUGAAUUUAUAUAAGAAGAGUGUUAAUUUGCCUUCAUCUAGUAAUUCUACGCCCACUUCAAACACGAGAUUCGUGAAUAACAAGAAGUCUGCUCGUUCUAUAUUCUCAAGUGUGUCAAAAAGGAAGUCAGAAUCUGAAAGUGAAAAAUCAAUGGACGUUCUUAGUGAAGGAGAUUCCGUUUUAAAUUCUCCACCGCGACAAUCGACAAAACGGGCCCGAACAAUUUUCAAGAAAUGUUUUCAAGCCACCUUCGACCCACGAAUGCUACCUGGGCAUGACACGAUUUUAGCCGAAGAUUCGGACGAGAAUGAGUGACUCUUGCGUACUUUCCUUCGCAUGCAUAUGCCAAGUAACAAAGGUAUAUCAUGACAUGGUCAUCACAAUAUGCGC